UUCAAUAUCGUAUGAUUUUUUUGAGUUUUAAUGGAUAAUGGAUGAAUUAGUGUAUUUACAUUUACUGGAACAAGAACAUUUAGAAAACGAAGAGCAAGACGAUAAUAAUAAUGUAAAUAAUCUUAGAGAUCCAUUCGUAGAAUUAAGUGACGGACAAUUUAGAAAUAUGUUUAGGUUGUCAAAAGACCUCGUUCGCUACUUUAUAGAAUCUAUUGAGCCUUAUAUGAGGCCUAAGUUACGUGCAACAGAUUUAAGUGUAACUAACAGAGUUUUGGUUGCCUUACGGUUCUUCGCAAGUGGUAGUUACCAAUUAGAUAUAGGCAGCAAUACGUUUCUUCGAAUUUCACAACCGUCUGUGAGUAGAUGCAUAAGAGAGGUUAUUACAGCAGUAAAUGGGCCUAAUAUUUUUAAUGAAUGGGUAAAAUUCCCCAAUAACUUUAAUGAACUCGAUACGUUACGUGUAAGGUUCUACGAGAAAUAUAAUAUACCGGGGGUUAUAGGGUGUGUGGAUUGUACUCACAUAGCGAUAUAUCCCCCUAGUCAUAAUGACAAUGAACAUCCUGAACAUAUAUAUAUGUAA